AUGAAGUUCUGUUCCCGCCCACUUGCACUUGCUAAUAGAUACGAGCCGCAUUGUCCCGGGAGACUCCAAACUGUCUCCGCUCGUCAUCGCCAUCGCCAUGGGAAGACGGCUGCCGUGUGUCUGUUUUCUUGUCUUCGUCAUUUUCCAAAAGGCGUCAGGCUUAAAGCUUCGGAACAAGCUGAUAGGUAAAUGUCUGCAGGUGCAAGAAGGAGUUUUGGGAGGUAGAGUGUCCUUGGGGGAAUGCAACCCAUAUUCGCCGUUACAGGAAUGGCAUUGGCUCCCAGAGAGCCAGGCCCUCAGCAGUCACCACACCGGGGACUGUCUGACUGCACCGGGAGAGCAGUAUGAAGGUGUCCACCUGCAGCCCUGCAUCUUUAGGAUUGAAAGUGACGAAACUGGUGGCGGGGCGGCAGCAGUGGAUUCGGGCAGAGAGCCAAGCAGGCAGGCAUGGUCCUGUUCCAAGAAAGGCCACCUAACUUUGUUAGGGAGGGGACUGCACCUUAGUGCCACACCAGAAUCCACUUUGGUCUUCCUUUCGCGGGAACAUAAGCAGCAGGGCAGCAGGUGGCGGACACUUGACAACCAGACAUUGUGCAAUGGGAGAAAUAGCAAACAUAACCAACACCAAGACCAAUCUCACCACUAUCUGGGAAAAUCAUUGGAACCUGGGAUUUUUCCAAGUGCCAUCUCUGGUAUACACAGACAGGCUGAACCAUUGGAAGGUAUAAUGGAUGUCAAGGUCACAGAAACGUAUCCUGUAAUAGAUGGAACUCAUACAUCCCUGAGCACCAAAUCCCCUGCAGAUCCCACCAUGGUUUUCUUCAGUAUGGACUAUGGGAUGGGCUGGAAGAUAACCAUGCUGGUACUAAGCUCUUUGGCUCUGGUUCUGGGGACUGUGAUUCUUAUUCUCAGUGUUUACUCCAAUAGAAGGAAGAAGGUGGUGUGUGUUUUGAAGUCAUACACUCUGAGGCCAGAGGUGAGUGUUCCUGGGUCGCCGGUGCCUAGUGAAAGGGCCCCGCUGACAGAGCAUGCCAUGCGCCUCCCACACUCCUCCCCCACUUUACAACGAGGAGAAAUCCUGAUUGAGUGGAAGGACGGCACUGUUACUCCACUGUACGAGGCCUGAAGGUUGUACUGUCUAUGAAGGUGCGGACAUGGGUGCGUAUGUGCAAGCAGGCUCGGUUUCUUAGGCAAGGGUAUGCAUGUUCUGAAUGUGUCUGAAUGGAAGUGUGUUGUGAAGACAAAACUUUAUAAAACAAAAGGCAAAAUAAGGUUGCUCUUGUCUCUGACAGUUGGCAUCAAAAUUAUACUAAAACUGUUGAUGUUGUACUCUAGGCUAUUUCAUAUAAUGGAAAGUUCAUGGCUCAGUAUCAGACUAUUUCUGCAAGGCUUCACUGCCAGUGGAAGAUAAAAGCUGUUGUGAAGCUGCCAGAAUAGAAAAAAAAAACGAGAAUGAGCUGGACUGUAAGUUUUCAAAGAUACUGAGUCUGAUUUCUGACUUCUGGUGUCAGAGAGUUGAGGAAUUGCUUAUUGGAUGAAAGGACUGUGAAAUAAAGCAUUUUAGCAUUCAGCCAUUAUUUGUAGACCUACUAUAAGUACCAUUUAAAAGGUUCAACAAAGCGACCAAUAGCUUAGACCUUUAGUUGGAUAAAUACUUAAGAAACUAAUCUUGUUUUCCAAGGCCUAAACUACUGUAUAUGAGGAUCUGAUCAUGUAGUCCCAGUUUGAUGUUGGACAAUGUUGUGCUAUGGAGUCAGUUCAAGUGCCCCUUUUACGUAUUUGUUUAAUUUUGAAUCAUUUAAAAGGUCUAGAGGCAAUCAUUGACACUGUGCUGAUCUUUCAUUUAAUUUGAUUCUCUACAACAUAUCACCAUACACCUUGGCUCCAGAGACUCACAACUUUUAUUAGGAUUAAUAGGCUAUUUUAGAAAAGUAUCAUUACAGAUGUGUUGCAACUUACAUUACUGUGGAGUGUUGCAAGAAACACUGAUGAAAGUUCUUUCAUAACAUAAUCCAAUAUUAUUUAGCUUUUAUUCCAUAUCCUAGCUACUGUAUAAGUUUCUGAAGAAAAUCUUAACCUAGUUUACAUAGGAAAUGUUAAUGGUCUGACAUUCAGUGUAAUUCAGUACUGUUCAUUUUGUACUGCACUUUGCUUUGAUACUGACCAUACAUAAUUUUUUUUAUUAAUUUAAAUUGUAAAUUGAGCGUGCUUGUAAUGUACUUAGGAGUUGAGCUUAACAGUUCAUUCUUGACCUUGGAAACAGCAGUUGACAAAACAGUCUCCAAUCAAGGGCCACUUACUCGCUUUAUGGAGUUUUUGACUAUAUCGCACAUUCUUCAUCAGCAGAUGAAGUUUGCUCAGCAGUAAUUGAGCUGUAGAUGUUUAAACUUUCCAUUAUUCUGAGCACUUCUCAUCCAUAAAAGUUCACAGUGAAGAUUGUAUGAUACCAUUGACAGCUCCAAAACCAGGUUCAGUGGAGACGGUUUUGUCCACUAUCAUUGACAUUUUGUUUUUGUAUGUGGCAACCUGGUAGACCACCAAUUUGUGGUAAAUUUGUUAGUUUUUUUUAACAUUCAAGUUUUUUAAAACUUUGAACUACCUAAUAAAAUGGCAUAUACUGUA